AUGCCAGCGGUGCGGGGUGGCGCGGCUCGUGUGGGGAUUUUGGCCUCAUGUGCGUUGACGCCGAUGCGGCGUGCGACGACCGGCGAGCAUCACAGUUACCGUCCUGGGCGUUUUGCUCAACUUUUUCGCCGCCUGUACGUUGCCGUUACUCCGCGUAGUCUCCAUAGAAGUUUAGCAAUAAACUUGCAGGCCGGCAUGGAGCGUGUGCAGGAGUUGGAGAAGGAGCAGCUGUGGCUGAGGCGGCACGGCUCCCCGCUGCGGGUUAUGGGGCUGCCAGAGCACGCGGAGCUGGCGGAGGUUCGCUCGCGUUACCGGGAUCUUGUUUUUGCUACACACCCCGACACGGCGCAGGGGGACGCAAAGGCGCAGUAUGACACGAUUCAGACGGCGUACAAGAUGGCCACCACACCGACAAGCUUGUGGCACCAAAACGGCUCCGCCCCUGCGCUUUACCGCAGUCUUUUGAGCACCUCGAGAGGUAUCACGCGACACGUGGAUCGUGUCACGUUGUUUGCUCUUUUUUCAUACUUUGUGAUGGGCGUCGUGGGGAUUAUUUUCUCCGUUGUUGUUGUGCGUCAAGCUCUCGAGUUGGCGCUGCGCUUUUUUGACCCUGAGUUUUACGAGUUUAUGGUGUCGCAGGAAAAGGAGGAGGCGCGCCAGAAGCUGGCAGGACUCCCGGUGGACACCGAUCCAAAGCGCCUCGCGCCGACGGUCGUGAAGCGACUUCUUUUUCCCGGCCGGUUUGUACACAAAGAAGGCACCGGCGGCGACAGGGCGGGAAAAGAGUGA